UGUGAGCGGCCCGCCGGCCACACCGCACGUCGCGAGGUCGAUGACUCGUGUAGCCGCGCGCGCCGCCAGACGCAGUCCGUCCGCCAUGUCUUCCUGCGCCGUCCGCGAGCCCGCCGUGGGACUGAGGUGUGUGUUGCUGGCAGCGGCUCUCCUGAGCGGCUGCGCUGCGACCAGUAGGAAGUGCUCGGGCUCAGCACAGCCGCUCAAGUACUUGUGGGGAGACGCGCUGAGCGACCCCGCCGACUGCGUCGGUCCCAACGGAGACUCUUACCCCGCGUCUAAGAUUGCUCGUACGUUUCGUACAAAUAACUUAUGGGGAUCUCAAAGGAGUGGAAGAUCGUUAAGAACUCUGGACCCUCACAUCGUUCAACAAACUCUUAUUAAUAAUUACCAGCGAUCCAACAUGGUGAUUGACGAUUCACAGAUCAGUAGAAAAGGUCGAAGUGGCGCGAGCAACUCGGUCGGCUACGGAGACACCUGCCAAGGAAGACCUGCGCGGCUCUGCAGGACGCGCUACAACACCACUGCGCCGAUGUACGGAGUCUCGUUGACGUCUGGCCAGCCUGUGGCCAUUGUGCAGAAAUUCCCCGACUUGCUCCAACAAGUCGUUUUCGAAGUGUGCGAGUCCACAGAAUGUGACGUGGUGAGGGGAGAGUGUACACAAACCUAUGUGCCGUACCUGUUUUUGGUGAUUCCUCUGGGCCCCGUCACACUUACUGGACAAGACUAUGUGUUAGUGGAGAGUGGAUGCGUUUGCAAACCCAAACAUUUGUCAGUGGCAAGUAGUGAAAGCAGUGCAGUAUCUACCAUUCCUCAGUUAUGAAGCAAGUGAUUUGAUGUCAGAACAUGAAACUAUAGGAAAUAUGUAGUGAAUGAACUGAAACUCUAAAAAUUAAUUUGUGUAUUAUACACAUUAUUUGAGGAACUGCGGAACAUAGUUUCUUUUCCUCUUUACUGGAAAUGGAUAAAAAUUCAAUUUCAGUUAAAUAUAUGUUGUUUGCCUGAGAUUUUAAAGGUUACAUUACUUACAGGUAUUGAAAUAUGUUAACAAAAUAUAAUAAAUUUUAUUUAUAUUUUUUGUAUUAGUAUUUACAAUUUUAUUUAAAAACUAUUUCUUGUUAUACAUUUUUUAAAAAUUAAAAAUAAUUUAGGAAUAAUUUAAAACUUCUCUAGUAACUUCUGGCUGACAUAAAUAUCAAAAUGAUUGUCCAUAGAUAGAACCCAAAUGAUACAUUUUUUUUCUUUUUUACAAAUGCUGCAUUUAAAGCGUAUUUACACAUAGAAAAGUUUUUCAUUUUAACAUAUUUCUCCUUGCCUUUUUGUACUUAAUGAACCUUUAGAGUGCUAUCCUGUACUGAUUAACAAGCAAAGAAAUGUCACCUAUUAUGUGUGUUUUCUUUGGUGACUUGAGAACCAUGCUUUAAUACUUCGGUUUUCACAAAGUAAGCAAUGUUUUGAAAUAUAUUUUACGUUUUAUGAAAACUUGUAUAAAAAUUAAUUUAUUUUACGUUUAUUUUAAAAAUUUUGUUAUAAGAUAAAUGCUUUUAACUCACUUGCUGUACUUGUGAAAAUUAAAAAUAGACACAAUAGCUCUAAAAUUGACAAUGCAAUAGACAUGCAAUCAUAUAUCCCUUAAUUUACUUCUUUGAACAAUAUGCUCAUAAACCAAACUAUGUCAUGGCAGUACGUCAAGGGAGUAAUAAAAUGUGUACCAAUAUGUUUUUGGUAUCCUAUGUAUACAUCUAAGGAUAAUCGUCUUGUAUUGUAUAGAAGAAAUAAUAAUAAAAAAUGUUAUUUUUGUAAUAAAAAAUGUUUUAACUCCACAUUAUGUUUUUAAUGUUAGCAAGUAUUUACAGAACUAGCUGUAUCAUAAAGCCUAGUAACUUAAUUGAUUUGUGCCAUUCAUUUUAUUGCAGUAAACAUAGUUUGUGCAUGAUAGUUUGAAAUGACUGAAACUGGCCAUUUUAUUUUAUUUUAUUUUAUUUUCUAAAAAAUCCAAAGAGUGCAAUUUCAUUGUAAUGUUGUGUACCUAGCAUUAAAAUGAUUUUAUUUCUAAGACAA